UGGGCCUGGCGAUCCGAGAGAAGUAUCUAGAUUCGUGGGAUGACGCGCAGUACUGGUUUCAUGGGGACGAGGAUUUCUACAAUGGGACAACAGCUGGAACAGCAGGAACAGCCAGAACCGCCGGCGGAACAACUACAAAACAAUCCAACCCGAAAGACAGUACGGCGAUUCACUACCACCAUUUCGGCAUGCCGAUCGGCCCCUCUGCGGAGUACGCGG